AUGAGCGAAAACUCUGAAGAAAAUGAUCCCCAACAGCUGAUUUCUAGCAACCAAUCAAUUAAAACAUUAGUGACUCGUUUAUUAGAUGAAAACUCUCUAGAUAUACCAUUAAGUUGGAAACCCGGUAAUCGAAAGAGGAGUGAAGAGCAUACAUCAUCAAGUGCUGACAUGGAUUAUGAUGAACUUGGAUUUUCUUUGAAGCAAUCUGAUUGUGAAAUUGAAUUUAAUGAUAAACUAGCAGUUAAAAGUGAAGCACUCAACAAAAUGAAGAUGAAAAAUGAAGGCUCUGAACCUGCUGUUGCUCGUCAGCAAUUUGAAUGGAAAUACAGAUGGGACUAUUUUAUUGGUAAUUUAGGAUCUAAUGAGCUGCAAAAAAGUCUUGAGCUUAAAGUGCUACUCAGAACAGGUGUACCUCAAGAAUAUCGAUGUAAAAUAUGGCGAAUGUUGAUAAAUAUUCGUAUAAGAAACUUGAAAGAACGUCUUGGAACUAAUUAUUAUCAAAAUUUGUGUACAAAAUCAGCUGAGUGCAAAGUUAAUCCUGCAGCUAAACAGAUUGAGCUUGAUCUGUUGCGAACCUUACCAAACAACAAGCACUUCGAGAAUAUCAAAUCGCCUGGUAUUAUGAGAUUGAGACAAGUAUUGACUUGUUACAGUCUUCAUAGUCCUGCCGUUGGAUAUUGCCAAGGAAUGAAUCGCUUGGCAGCUGUUGCUUUGCUUUUUAUGCCAGAAGAAGAUGCGUUUUGGACUUUGGUUGCUAUAAUUGAAAAUAUUAUGCCACCUGAUUAUUUCACUGCUAAUCUUCUUGGUGCUCAUGUUGAUCAAUUUGUACUUCGUGAGCUUCUUAAUGAAAAGAUGCCCAAUCUUGGAGCUCAUCUUGAAAAACAUCACAUUGAACUUUCGCUUUUCAGUUGGUUUUUAACCUGCUUUGUUGAUAAUGUUCCAAGUAACAUUUAUCUUCGAAUAUGGGAUGUUUUCCUUUACGAAGUUCUAGUUAAAAUUAGACUCAGAGGUGAAAAUAAACAAGGGUUAGUCCAAGCUGAUCAAGUUGACCAAGUUGCUGAUUUAGAAGCUAAUCAAAUUUGUGACUCCCUGCCAACCAAUUUUCUUGAUUGGAAAUGUGGUAAAAUUUCAACUACUCCAGCUGUUCGAAGAAUAGCCGCUGAAAAUAAUAUCAAGUUGAGUAAUGUUAAAGGUACUGGUAGAGAUGGUCGUAUUUUGAAAGAAGAUUUACUCAAAUAUCUUGAAGAGGCAAAAAAUUUUAUGGCAUCGUAG